AUGAAAGUGGAGAGCAGUGUUCCCGCGGGCACACGCUUACUUGGAUUGAAUUAUCUUAAAAACAAACCUGAUAUAAUUGCGCUGGAUGAUGCGGAAUAUCCAGAUUGGCUAUGGAGAAUCCUAGAUGAUACAAAUGAUAGGUUGGGAAGUGGUGCUGGAAACGUUGAUCUGUCUUCUCUCAAUAGAAAACAGCGAAAACGCCACGAGAAAAAAGCAGCUGUGGCUGCUGCUUCUAAACCUCGAGUCAUUCCACUUCACGAACAAGCCAUUGACAUUGUAUCAGUGAAUGCGGUUACUGCGGACGCCGAAAAUAAUUUUGAGGUCGCUUCGACUGGUAUCGAUACUAGAAAAUCAAUUACAAAGAGCGCUCGUGCAGCGCGAAGAAAAUCUAUCAAGGAGUCUAAUUUCUUGAAAGGAUUGUAG